UUUUGCAAAGAUUACACUUGCACCUGAGCAAAUUUUGAUUGAAGAAGAGACUUUGUGAAGCUUAAAGAAUCUUGCAGCCAUGGCGAAACAGGCACCAGCCAUCGGUAUCGACCUGGGAACGACCUACAGUUGUGUGGGAGUAUGGAUGAACGAUCGUGUGGAGAUCAUCGCCAACGACAUGGGAAACCGCACUACGCCGUCCUACGUUGCUUUCACAGACACCGAGCGUCUGAUCGGUGAUGCAGCAAAGAACCAGGUGGCCAUGAACCCCAUCAACACUGUGUUCGACGCCAAGCGUCUGAUCGGCCGCAAGUUCCACGACGCCAGCAUCCAGGCAGAUAUCAAGCACUGGCCCUUCACAGUGAAGCCUGGCCCGGGUGACAAGCCCAUGAUUGAGGUGGACUACAAGGGCGAGAAGAGGGAGUUCUCAGCUGAGGAGGUCAGCUCUAUGGUCCUGGUGAAAAUGAAGGAGACGGCACAGGCAUUCCUUGGAGCUGACAAGGAGGUGAAGAGGGCGGUCGUCACAGUGCCAGCCUACUUCAAUGACAGCCAAAGACAAGCCACCAAGGAUGCUGGUGUGAUUGCUGGACUCGACGUGAUGCGCAUCAUCAACGAGCCCACCGCAGCCGCCAUCGCAUACGGCCUGGACAAGAAGAGCACCUCAGUGGGUGAGAGCAACGUGCUCAUCUUUGACCUGGGCGGCGGCACCUUCGAUGUGUCCCUGCUGACCAUCGAGGAGGGCAUCUUCGAGGUCAAGGCCACCGCUGGAGACACCCACUUGGGCGGAGAGGACUUUGACAACCGGCUGGUCAAUUUCUUCGUGCAGGAGUUCAAGAGGAAGCACAAGAAGGACAUCAGCGGCAACCCGCGUGCCCUGAGGCGGCUGCGCACAUCCUGCGAGCGCGCCAAGCGCACGCUGUCCAGCUCAGCGCAGACCUCCAUCGAGAUCGACUCCCUGUUCGAGGGCGUUGACUUCUACUCCUCCAUCACCCGCGCUCGCUUUGAGGAGCUCAACAUGGACCUCUUCCGCAAGUGCAUGGAGCCCGUUGAGAAGACCCUGCGCGACGCCAAGAUGGACAAGUCCUCGGUGAAUGAGAUUGUGCUGGUGGGCGGCUCCACCCGUAUCCCCAAGGUGCAGCAGAUGCUUCAGGACUUCUUCAACGGCAAGGAGCUGUGCAAGGCCAUCAACCCCGAUGAGGCUGUCGCCUACGGCGCUGCAGUGCAGGCUGCCAUCCUGAGUGGAGAGGGCAGCGAGAAGGUGCAGGACCUGCUGCUGCUGGAUGUCACCCCUCUCAGUCUGGGUCUGGAGACUGCCGGAGGCGUCAUGACCGUGCUCAUCCCGCGCAACACCACCAUCCCCACAAAGAAGGAGCAGGUGUUCUCCACCUACUCCGACAACCAGCCAGGCGUGCUCAUCCAGGUGUUUGAGGGCGAGAGGUCUCGCACCCGUGACAACAACCUGCUCGGCAAAUUUGAGCUGUCCGGCAUCCCCCCCGCCCCUCGGGGCGUGCCACAGAUCAACGUCGUCUUCGACAUUGACGCCAACGGCAUCCUCAACGUGUCCGCUGAGGACAAGACCACUGGCCAGAAGAACAAGAUCACGAUCACCAACGACAAGGGCCGUCUCAGCAAGGAGGAGAUUGAGCGCAUGGUGCAGGAGGCAGAGAAAUACAAGGCAGAGGACGAGGAGGCCCGCAAGCGCAUCGACGCCAAGAACGCCCUCGAGAACUACGCCUUCAACAUGCGUAACACCAUCAAGGACGAGAAGGUGGCAAGCAAGCUGGACAAGGAUGACCUGGAGAAGAUUGAGAAGGAGGUGGACGAGGCCAUCAGCUGGCUGGACGCCAACCAGCUGGCAGAGACUGAGGAGCUGGAGCACAAGCUCAAGGAGCUCGAGGGCGUCUGCUCUCCCAUCAUCUCCAAGAUGUAUGGAGCAGCUGGCGGCGCAGAGGGAAUGCCUGGUGGUAUGCCAGGCGGCAUGCCUGACAUGAGCGGCGCGUCAGCCGGCGGCGGAUCCAGCGGCCCCGGCCCUAAGAUUGAGGAGGUCGACUAAAUUGGCAAAUUGGCGGCCCUGCCAUUACAUAAGCACACAGCAGCCCCAGAACUGCCGUUCAGCGGCUUGCAGAAGUGUUGUGGAAACGCAUCCCCUUGGUCACACCUUGUGACCUGUUGUCCAGAAUGUGGAGCAGGCUUGCCCCCACGUGAAAGACCAGCAUUUGAGCACUCUGCUUCUGUGCGCUGGCUCAGCUCAACGGGGGGCAAAUUGGGCAGUUUUGCGCGUUCUUGAGCAUGGUGUGGAGAUGUGAGAUUUCAGAGUUGUUGGAGAAGUUUGGGGAAGGUCAGUGACGUUGCUCACUGCUGUUCAUUAUGCUCGGCACAAUGCUACAAAUGGUGUCUGCUUCCAGACAACAUAACCUGGAAAGCACUGUCAUUCUGGCUGCCUGCAAAAUGGUUGGCAGGCUGCGGCCUUACAACUGUACAUGUACCGCGCUCUUCACAGAUUCUUGUAGUAGGUUUAGGAUUCUGAAAGGACAAUUGGAGAAGAUGAGGAGGCGCCUUUAUAAAAUCAACGGCGCCUUUCUGUUUCUUUUGACUGUCUUGUUAUCGGUGCUGUCUUCUUGAGCUAAUUUGGGCAUCAUCGGGAAAUGUCGCAUUUUAACCCAUCACAUGAGAGGUUACACCUAGGUGUAAGGAUUUUUGUAACAACCAUCAAUCCAUC